GCCCCGCGCUGUCCCCGCGCCCGCUCCGCCCGCGCCUCGCCGUCCGCUCCGCGCUCCGCGCUCCGCGCCUCUCUCCCCGCAGCGAGCGCCGCCCGCGACAGCCCAGCCCAGCCCAGCCUUCCUCCUCCUCCCGCCCCUCCUCCUCCUCCUCCUUUGCCGCCGCCGGACACGCAGCCGCAGGCCGGGGCCGGGGCGCAGCUGGGGAGGCAGGGACGCGCGCAGCCAGCCCUUCCCCCUCCGGCUCCCGCACCGCCGGCCGCCUCCCCGCGCCCUCCUCCUCCUCCUCCUCCUCUCCCCGCCCGGCUCCUUCCUUCGCUUCUCCUCCUCCUCCUGCUCCUCCUCCUCCUUCUUUCCCGGCCCCGGCUGCCAGCACCAUGUCCGCAGGGGGAGAUUUUGGGAACCCGCUGAGAAAAUUCAAGUUGGUGUUCCUGGGGGAGCAGAGCGUCGGGAAGACGUCUCUGAUCACGAGAUUCAUGUACGACAGCUUCGACAACACGUACCAGGCAACCAUUGGCAUUGACUUCUUGUCAAAAACCAUGUACUUGGAGGAUCGUACGGUGCGACUGCAACUCUGGGACACAGCAGGCCAGGAGAGGUUCCGCAGCCUGAUCCCCAGCUACAUCCGGGACUCCACGGUGGCCGUCGUGGUGUAUGACAUCACUAACCUCAACUCCUUCCAGCAGACCUCUAAGUGGAUCGAUGACGUCAGGACGGAGCGGGGCAGCGAUGUUAUCAUCAUGCUGGUGGGCAACAAGACGGACCUGGCUGACAAGAGGCAGAUAACCAUCGAGGAGGGGGAGCAGCGCGCCAAAGAGCUGAGCGUCAUGUUCAUCGAGACCAGUGCGAAGACCGGCUACAACGUGAAGCAGCUCUUUCGACGUGUGGCGUCGGCUCUGCCUGGGAUGGAGAAUGUUCAGGAGAAAAGUAAAGAAGGGAUGAUCGACAUCAAGCUGGACAAGCCCCAGGAGCCCCCGGCCAGCGAAGGCGGCUGCUCCUGCUAAUGCAGCCUGGCCCCAAGGCUUCCUCCUCCGACACUACUACUCGCUUGUUGUGUUGCUUCCUAUUGGUUAGCUUCCUAAAGGGGGGUGGGAAACGAGCUUAUCCGGAUGGGAGGAUUUUUCUUUUCUCUCUGUCUUUAGGAGCAGGGUCGGGUGGGGAGGGAGGCCGGGCAUCAGGGAUCACAGUCACUCUUAACAGCUGUUACUCAAACAACUAUUUUUUGGUUUGGUUGUAAUAUAUUGUACUUUAUUAAGAUUGCCAAAAACGGUUAAAAUUUAAAAAAAAAAGAAAGAAAUUUUAAUCAUGUGUAUACGACUUUUUGCCAGAUAAAAAAAAAAUGUAAUCAUUUUUAUUUGAAAGAUGUGCUUUUUUUUUCUGUUUUUGUAUAUUUGUAAACUUACAAGAGAACCUUUUCCCACACACCUCCUCCUUCCUGUCCUCUUUCAACUGUGCAUCGACUCUGCCCUCCUCCCAGCCCCCAGCCCCCAGCCCAAUAAACUAAAACAUGAACUGAGCAAUCUAAUUAGGCUCCAAUCCCGCGCCAUCCUGCCCUGACCGACCAGGUCCCACCAAACAGGUCCGACCUGGUUAAAUAACCCCCUGAACAAAACAGCCUCUGAGGAGGCAGCUCUGACCCUGCCCUUCCUCCGUGGCCAGAAUGGGGCACCAGGCAUGGCCCCGAGCUGACAUGAAGGUCUCCUGGACAGCAGGGAGCCCGGCUGCAGGCCCCACUGCAAUUACACCUGCUUCUCCCUUCUCCUCCCUGAGAAGCCUUGAAGGCGGGCAGAGCACUGGCCACAGGCACACCCUGGUGUUCUCUGUGGCCCCGUCAGUGAUUGGCAGAACAAGAGGUCCCCGGAAGAAAGGAAGGAUGGGGUGCUGUUGGCAACUGUGGGUCAUGUUGAUGUGUGGUUGGUUCGGAGGCUUGGGGCACCGUGUGUACUUCUGAAAAUGCCUAAACCACCCGGCCCAGCGUUCAGCACACAUAUCUGGGUUGACUCUAAGGGAAGAGCAGAGACUCGUUGUGCGGCCUCAGGGAGUGUUGUCUGCAGAACCACCACCUUAAAGGCCCAGGGCCUCGGUUGCUAAUAACGUUGAGUGCUGAUUUGGAAAAGCUGGCUUCUUGAUGUGCUUUGCACAAUCUUUUGCUGAUGUUGUUGCCUAAGAGGAGGGCUGCAGUGGGGUUUCUCUGCCCAGAUCGUUGCCAUUUUUUACUCAUUUCUGAGAAGGGCUAAGUCUGAGCACCUGUAAAACCCUCCGAGGAGAACUCUAUCUUCUCAUUAAGUGAUGGAACCCACUUGGCCUGUGUUCCAAACAGACCCAGACUCACCGACCCUGAGCCUGAGCGAAAGCCAGGCAGUGAACGGCAACUCUGGCCAAAAAAGGGUAAACCCCCGCCCUGCAAGCUGGCACUGGCUUCCUCCAGGCUGCUGUUGGGCAUGUCCCAGGGGAGCGAAAGGGCCAUCUGGGGUGUGAAUUCCUCCACAAAGCAGUGCUCAAACUAUUGCAAUGAAUUUUUGGAACUUCUCAGAAACGAAUCCAAAAUGGCAGCCAGUAAGUGCAGCGAAGCCUGGCAGGACCCACUGCUAUUUGUCCAGUGGGCCUGCCACACAGGUUCAGCUAAGGAGAUGGAGCGUCAGAGCUGAUCUUUAAAGAGAGAUGUAUCUUCAGGUGGAGAGAAGAGGGAGCAGAAUCCCCGCCGCCGAGUUCCUCUUCCUAAAGGCAAAGACGUUGCAACGUACGGACGUAAUCCCAGUGUCGUGUGUUUAGUUUUUAUAUGUGUGUACAUAAUUAUAUAUAGAGAUAGACUUGUGUAUACACCUCCCACACACAUUCUCACAGAGGUACACGUGCUCAACGUAUAUUCUUGUUCUUCCUGCUCUCCGGUUGGAACUUGCGUUGUGAUAACAGUUUUGAAAAUUCCAAAGUACUGCGGCGACGUGUUGAAAUAAGUAGUACUUAAUAUUGUAAAAAAAAAAAAAACAACACAAAACUUGUGAUUGUCUUGCCAUCAAUAAAAUAAUUACAUAGAUGUGUUAAACUACAGGCAAAAAAUAGCCCACGGGAAUAUGUGCACCAUUUCUCCUCCUAUGUACUUAUAUGCACGGGUGUGCAUGCCUCGUGGGCCAGCACCCCCCACACCACCAUGGCACACCCCCAAGUGGUGCUCGUUGGAAGAGUGCUUACUUACCUCGUGGGAAUUUACAGGAGCCCGUGUUACAGCAUCCAGCCUGGGUGGCAGCGAGGGCCAUUGCUUGUGGCCUCAGGGACAGCCCCCAUUUGCAGGGAUCUGCCCUGGGCCUCGGUGGCAUGAAUGUACGGUGGAUUUUUAUUUUCUUGGUACUAAAGAGUAGCUUUUUUUUAAAACAUUCCUGUAAAAAAAACAACACACACACACAAAGUAGAAACUCAGUUCCUUUCUCACGUGCAGACGUACCCAAGGCACCAUGAACUCUGUUCCAUCACAGCCUACAGGAGCAGUAAGAGACACGAUAAAUACCGCUUGGUUCGGCGUGGCCUCCGUGAGCCCCGCCUUUCCUAGCAGGUACACAACAUCCUCCCUUUGGAGUCCAGGCUCUCCCCAGCCCUGGGGACCUCCGAAGGUGAGGGCAGUUGCCCCAUCUUGUCCUCCAUCUUGGUGGUGCCAUUCCAUUCCAGGACCCUCCUCCCCCCACCCCCUCGUUUCCUGGCGCCUGUUAGGGCAGCCAGAUCUCUUGCACAGAAGUGCACUGUUCUUUGGCCUUUGUGUUGAGCAGGCAGGUGCCACCGCUGUCCUCUUGCUUAGAGGUAGGAUUUCAACUCAGUUCAGGUUCAAUCAUUCAAUGACCAGGUUAUGUCUUGACAUCGCCUCGGCAUCCCCCUGUGACUGACGUCUUUGCUGAAUCCCGAUGGGCUAGCACAUGGCAAAGUGGAGGACUCCUUUUGGGAAAUGAUCCGUUUACCCGUAGUUCAGUCCCUCUCCUCCAAGACUAGCCCUGACUUGGGAGGUGAGUGGAGUCAUCUUCUUUGGGUCUUUUUUCUUUUUUCCCCCUUUGGGGAUGUCCAAGAAAAGCUGUUGGAAAAGCCCCCGUUUCACAGGCACUGAAAAAUCGAGCCUAAGACGGAAAAAGCAGAUGCCUAUUUGAAAUGUGCACGCGGCGGAAUGAAAGUGUGGCGGGAACAUCUUGAGUGCUAGAGGUGCAGUUGUGUCGUCCAGGGUGAGCUCGCUCGCUGACUGAUAGAAGCAAGUUUCUUUUGCCAGAGGCCCCCCUGCUCUCACGGUCACCACUCUCUUCCCGUCACUGCUCCCUUCCCGUCAGCAUCCUCCAAAAUUCUGUCAUGUUCCUAGGUCCGAGGAGCGAUGGCCAGGUCAGUUCAAGUGUCUCAGGCAACAGAAACAGGCUUGCAAUGGUGGUAGCUAAGGAUGCAGACACAUCUUGGUGGCGGCCAGCGCUGGAGCCCCUGCCCUCAGGGACCAGAUGUGACCACGGCACCGCUGGCUUCGGUGUCUGCAGGCAGUGCAGCCACAUUCCUUCACACGGCAAAGGCAGGUGAGGAUAUCAGAAGGUGAGAACAGGCAGCCGAGGACUGUGAGGUGUGUCUGAGCCGCACGAGGGGCAGCUGAGUAGAAGUCUGUCUGUCUGCAUCAACCAAGCCGGGUUGUAUGCUCACUAGUUUCCAAACUACCUCUUCCCCAAGAAUGUGAGGCACUGUCACCUGGCUGCAGCGGUGUGAGGCAGAGGUCUCCAACCCUUCCUGCUUCACAGGCAGGAAAACCAAGAUAGAGAAGGGUGACUUCCGAGCAAAUCGGAAGCAGUCAGAACCAAGAUGUUUCCAUCCCCGUCGCCCACUGUGUAUACAAACGUGACCGUGUGCCUGCACAUAAAGGGCUGCUGUGCGUGGGUGUUCACCAGACUCUACUCUGGUUGGGACAUGAGGUUCUGUCCAGCAUCUGAGCGAGCCAGGAAAGAAUCCACGUACAUCUCAGGCUCCUCCGUUGCAAAGAAGGGCCAGUCCCCAGCUCCACUCUGAUUGCUGUGGGCAUCCACAAACGAGGGCACUCUUUGCAUUUUUGUUUGAACUAUUUAGGUGUUCCAAAACCUUGGGCUCUCAAUGUGUGAACUCCUGGACGCCAGUCGGGUAUGGGUGAUGCUGCCGGCAGUGGGGUUUGGGUGCUUCCUUCCAGCGGGAGGUGUCCGUACGUCAAAAGCCAGUCCCUGUCACGGUGUGUAUCAACUUGCCCCCUCACUUCCCGCGCCCACCCCCAGGAAGGGACUAGCCAUGAGGAACAUAGAGGGUGGCGUGCCCAUCUCUUGCUGGCUCAGCAGGCAUAAACGGCCACAUUGACUUUACAUAAAACUGUGUAAAAUGUGGAAGACUCAGCAUGUUGAUCAAACAAUAAACUGUCCUAAUUCUCAA